CGGCACCUCGCACCGAAGUUUCACUUUGCAUUUCGGAUCCAAGAUCACAUUUCACACACCAUGAACUCGGAGCCCCUCGUGACGCGCAACCUGGACUUUGACGAAGGCCUCGGCCAGGACGGCCGGUCGGCCCUUGACAUCUUCGUCAACAAGAACAACGGCGUCGGCGUCACGUACGACGACUUGAUCAUGAUGCCUGGGCACAUUGACUUUGGCGUCGACGAGGUCACGCUCGAGACCAAGAUCUCGCGCAACAUUAGCCUCCGCCUCCCGCUCAUCUCAUCGCCGAUGGACACAGUCACGGAGCACAAGAUGGCGAUUGCGAUGGCGCUACACGGCGCGAUCGGUGUCAUCCACUACAACAUGACGGUCGAGGAACAGUGCCACGAAGUGUCGCUCGUCAAGAAGUUCAAGAACGGCUUCAUCCUCAACCCGAUCUGCCUCGCGCCCACCGACACGCUCGAGAAGGUCGACAGCAUCAAGGCCGAGUACGGCUUUGCCGGCAUCCCGAUCACGGAGAACGGCAAGGUCGGCUCGAAGCUCCUCGGCAUGGUCUCGAACCGCGACAUCGAUUUCAUCGAGAAGCGCCAGACGCUGCUCAAGGACGUCAUGGUCACGGACCUCAUCACGGCCCGCGAAGGCACGAAGCUCGCGGAAGCCAACGAGAUCUUGAAGACCAACAAGCUCGGCAAGCUCCCGAUCGUCAACGCCAAGGGCGAGCUCGUCUCGCUCAUCUCGCGCCGCGAUCUGGUCAAGAACCGCGACUUCCCCAUGGCGUCCAAGGACCAGAACAAGCAGCUCCUCGUCGGUGCUUCGAUCGGCACGCGCCCCAACGACCGCGAACGCGCUGCGGCGCUCAUUGCUGCUGGCGUCAACCUCCUCGUCAUCGACUCGUCGCAGGGUGACUCGAUGUACCAGAUUGAGAUCCUCCGCCACCUCAAGGCGACCUUCCCGCACGUCGAUGUUAUUGGCGGCAACGUCGUGACCAUGCGCCAGGCCAAGAACCUCAUCCUUGCUGGCGCUGACGGUCUCAAGAUCGGCAUGGGCUCGGGCUCGAUCUGCACGACGCAGGAGAUCUGCGCUGCUGGCCGCGCCCAGGCCUCGGCCGUCUACAACACGGCGCGCCUCGCGCGCAAGUACGGCGUGCCCGUCAUCGCCGACGGUGGCAUUGCCAGCUCUGGUCACAUCAUCAAGGCGCUCUCGGUUGGCGCGUCGGCCGUCAUGUGCGGCUCGCUCUUCGCCGGCACGGAGGAGUCGCCCGGCCAGUACUUCUUCCAGGACGGUGUGCGCCUCAAGAAGUACCGUGGCAUGGGCUCGGUCGAGGCCCAGGGCCAGGGCUCGGCCAAGCGCUACUUUGGCUCGAACGCGGUCGUCAAGGUCGCGCAGGGCGUGAGCGGCGCCGUCGUCGACAAGGGUUCGCUCAACAAGUACAUUCCGUACUUGCAGCAGGGCAUCAAGCACGGCUUCCAGGACCUCGGCGUCAAGACGAUUGCGCAGCUCCACGAGUUCCUCUACGCCGGCGAGCUCCGUUUCGAGAUGCGCACGCCCGCCGCCCAGCGCGAAGGCUCGGUCCACGGCCUCCACACGUACGAGAAGCGCCUCUUUUAAGCAAGAUCUCCACCCUUAAAAUUACUUUGCAAACUCCACCUCGAGUUGUGUACGAUAGUAUUUAUUACCCUAAAAUUUUAACGUGAAUUCAUGCCCAAGUGCGGUC